AUGAAGAACUUUGGCGAGAAGGACGGCGGAGGCGACGAGCUGCAGUUCGUUGCGGAUGGCAGUAAGAAAAGUCGCAGAAGGGAAGCUCCUGUUCCUCCUGAGUUCCGUCAAGACGAUCAGGCUGAAGCAGAAUCUCACACGGUGCUUCCUUCGGUUCCGUUCGGCGUGGAGAUGGCAGGCGAUCCCAACAAUGACGAGAGGACGUACCCUUGCACAUACGAAGGAUGCGGUAAGUCCUUCUAUUACAAAGGCAGUGUGAAGGAACAUAUCAAGAGUGUGCAUUUGGGCAAGAGGCGUUAUACAUGUCCAUACGAAGGCUGCAACAAGUCAUUCAGCAGGAAAGAGUAUCUGGAAAAGCAUAUUGAUAACUUCCAUUGAGCCAAUGGUCUCUCGUGUUGCACAUUUUUCCUCAUCCACAAAGCUAAGAAGUCAACAUUCUCUUCGUCUCAUCGCUGUCUGUUACAAUCCAUUGACUAUCUG